ACCCGAACUUCUAUUAUUAGCCACCAAAGGAGAGAGCUACGUACAGCAACUUAAUUCGAGUAGUAAUUGGUAAGGGCGAAAAGAGCACGCACACAUAACGUAACGUAUCGUAUCGUAUCGUAACGUACGUAGAUUCGUGACAAGGUGCAAAAAAUGGCGUCGCAGCAGGAGAGAGCGCAGCUCGACCGGAAGGCGCAGCAGGGGGAGACGGUGGUGCCCGGCGGCACCGGAGGGAAGAGUCUCGAAGCCCAGGAGCACUUGGCCGAAGAGCGUAGCCGUGGAGGGCAGACGAGGAAGGAGCAGAUAGGGACGGAGGGAUACAAGGAGAUGGGCCGCAAGGGAGGGCUGAGCACCGGCGACGAGCUCGGCGGAGAGCGAGCGGCUGCGGAAGGGAUCGAGAUCGACGAGUCCAAGUUCAGGACCAAGACUUAGGCUCUCUUAGGCUCUUUCUCUCUCUCUCUUUCUCUAGUACUUACAUAUGCAUCAUGAGUUUUAGUUUGGUGGCUAGUGAUGUGUAGUACGUGUGUCAGUGGUGGUGGUGGUGGUCGUGAGUACUAAUAAAAUGCUGUGGCUGUAGUGGGCUAGUAGUUAGCAGUUGCUUUUGAAUGCUUUGUUCCGUGUUGGGUGUGUUGUAGUUGUUCUAGUUUAGUGUGUGUACUUGUGUACGUUUUGAUCCGUUUAAAUGAACUAACAGUGUCCUUUGGUC